UGCCGUUAUUGUUAAUUUGUGAGGAAGCAAACUUAGAGAAAAACACUGAAGAAGGAUCAGUGGGAUAGCUAAGCGAACAUUUGAUUUAUGUUGGAAAGGUUUCCAGAAAUUUUGUCAUACGUUCAAUUUAUCCCGUUUAUACUCGUGGACGGAGACGUGAACUUCUGCAGGGAGUUAAUGUCGAUAGAUGUAUCGAGUAGUUAGUGAGAUGUGUGUUUCUUAUCCGAUCUAAUGACCACCACAUUAUCAUAUUGCUGGCACGGCGUACAGGGUGAUAUACACUUUGUCUAGUCAGAUGCAGUGUUUGAACAACAUUCUCAAGAUUUUAUCAUUCACAAGUACUUCAUCAUAGGCCCUCCAUCAUACAAGUUUACUGAAGACAUCUGCUACUUUCAACAGGAGCUGGUAUUUUAUGAAAAAUGAACAGCACGGACUGUCACACAGAACAGAUUGACUGCAGUGCUGACGAGGGUUUACCGGGAUGUCCACUGAAGACUUCCGAUCUCAUCGUUAUAGGCAUGCUGGCCGUAUUCAGCGUCAUAGGCAUCAUAGGAAAUGGAAUUGUCAUUUUUGUGUACACGAAGAAAAAGGAUAAACUCACCUCGUCGGUUUUCAUUCUUGGGCUGGCAGUGUAUGACUUUUUGACCUGUUCUAUUAUAAUACCGUAUACUGCAUGUAUGAUAUACCUCAGGUUUAUGAUUCUGUACGACGCUCUGUGUAAAAUUUACAUGUUUCUCCUGACCUUCAGCGUGCCCCUGUCUGCGUUUUUAAUGGUGGCCAUUGCUGUAGACCGUUAUCUCUGCAUCUGUCAUCCAUUCUUGCAUCUCUUAAAUAAAACUCGGGCCAGGGCUGUUAUUGGUCUGUUGACAGUGUUCGCCUGUGUUCUGGGUAUACUUAGCUGUAUAUCGUAUUCUGUGUACAUGUAUGCAGAUUCAUCCCCUGGGGAAUUUUCAAACUGCACUGAUGCGACACACAGUAAAGAUGGUAUCAUUCACCAAACUAUUUCAACACCGUAUCAACAGGAAGAAUACACUGGUCAAUGUAAUUAUCCAGGAACAAUUGUGGGCAUGGCUUACUUAAUAACGUGGCAGAAAAUUUAUUCUUCAUUUUAUUUGAUAUCCCUGAUAAUUGUGCUGUUGCUGUAUACUAUGAUUUAUUAUUCCGUCACCCGACGAAGGUCCAACAGAAGAAAACAAAAAGCUAUGAAUAACAUUAGUCUUAAGGCCUCUCUCAAAGAGCCGCCAAAACAAAAUACCUCAUCCCCGACUUCGUCUUUUACUGUUCUGUCUGCUAACGACAACAACGAAAACGCCAAAGAACAAAAGAUUUUGCAGGUGGAAAUAGGUGACAAUGGCGUCUCCUCUCGACCAGUAGAAAAUGCAGAUGAGACGUCGCCUCUACAGCAGCAGCAGGCCCAUAAAAAUCAUCACCACCACCAUAUCAAAGAUCACGAUACAAUAGCAAACAUAAAGACAGCAUUAAUGCUAUUUAUUGUUGCUGUUGUCUUUAUCAUUGCCUUUUUCCCUGCUUGGUUGAUGGCACUUGGUGCCGUUAACCACAAUAACAUUGUUUUUUAUAUGUACUUUGCGUAUAAUGUUACUAAUCCUAUAAUUUAUGCCUUUAUGAACCCAACUUUUAGAAGUGAUGUUAAAAAGAUAUGUCAUUAGAGCCUAAAAUUUGGACGUAUUUUUGGUGAUGAUAUACAUGUAGUAUUUUUGUGAUCUCUUGCUGUGUGAUGUCCUUGGAAGGUUGAUAUGAACUGGUCCCAUAUCUAUUAACCUUCAAAAGACUAAUGUCAAUUGUAUUUUUGAAACAUCUGUUGUCAGUAUUAUUUUGUGUGUAGAGAGACCUGUUUAGAGAUGUAGUUGGGUAUGUAUUUUUUGUUGUUAAUCAAUUGAAACAAAAUUAUAGUACAAUAAAUUCAUGACAAGCACGAUAGACAUAGUUUUCCUCUGAUAUAUGAAUAA